CAUAUCGCCAGUACGGUCGCCCACGCUUCGAACCAGACGUACCAUGAUGGUGACGCCGGAACCGAAGCCGCCGGGCAGGGUAGUGGCGCCGGCGCGGCAGCAAUCCAUGAAGUCCCCUGGUUGGCGAGAUGGUCUGCUGCGCUUGUUGCAGGUCAUGGGCGACGGACUGGGCGAGCGUUACGCCCCACUGGGCCAGUUCUGGAUCCUGGGCAGCCUGCCCACCGACAAGGACCGCCCGGGCUGCGGCGCCUCGGGCGCUACCGCCUCCUCCUCAUCUGCUGCUGGCAGCGGCAGCAACGGCAGCGGCACCUCCAGCCGCCACCCUAGCACGGGCUCCGGUUCCGGCAGCUGCUCGGCGCCCGGGCAGCUGAGCGGCGGAGCCGGGCCGUUGCAGCCUGCGGAGGGUCCGCGUGCCGUACAAAGCAGUGCGUCUUGGUUGUCACCAGGCAACCAUGCGGCGUUGUUCACGCGGUGGGAGUCGGAGAUUGAGGAGAUGCAGAAGGACCUGAUGGAUGCGUUUGCGUGGACGUCCUUCCAGCAGACGAUUGAGGUGCGGGGCGGGGCGGUGCCUCGGAAGGAGCUGCUGCGCACGUCUGCGGCGCUGAACCUUGCGGCUACGUGAACGGCUGCAUGAAGGCUGUCAUCUGCGAUGAGGGUAAAGCGGCUUAGGGCGCGAUUAGGGAGUAGUGAUUACAGUGACGGCGAUGAGGGUGGCAUGAUCACAGUGUAGGUGGUGAGGGGUCGUGGUGCAAGGAAAGUGGUAUGGGCAUGGCGUGAAAGAGGUAGGUGAGGGGGCGAGUGUGGGUAUCUUAAGACACUUGGUGUGAGGUAGUUGAGGAGCGCGCAAUGAUGGAUGUCCGUUGGGAGCGUAUCGAGCGUGUCCGCCGGCCGGUGUCUGGCGGUUUGGUUCAGCCUGUUAGCCUAUCCUGUGCUGCCCUGUUAGGCUGUGUGUAUAGGCAGUUUGGCGGCUAGGAGGUGGUUAGCUGGAACUUUCAUCGUUGGAUUGGGUUGCAGCGGUGGCGUGGAAGCGCCCAGUAUGGGCAGAACAACACUACAGCUCAUUUUGCAUGAUCAGCAGCGGUGAGCUAGCAGGGCAGGGAGGUCCUUGCUCGAGGAAUGCCUGCAUUGCGUCAGAUGGUAAGGCUGCGUGAUAGCCGUUACAGGGUUACAGGAGAUGUCGUGUAAGGCCCACUUGGGGCACAGUGAACGG